UUGGCCAUGUUGUUACCGGCUAAAAGGGAAAUGACACUGAUACCAGUUCCUUUUCUCUCAAUCCAAAAACAGAUUGUUACCGCAACCCUCUGCUCAAAAGUUACAGUUAUCACCCUCUGAGGCGGAUAACUUACAGGGGAAAUUUAAACUUGUUCAGUGUACAGUUUGGGUGGAAAGUAGAAAAGUUUGUCUGAAAGCUGCUGACUGAACCCUUAGGAGACAUGAAGGCUGUGGUUGGACUGCUGGUGUUGAUACUCGGAGUCUCUCAUGGUCUGGAAACCUACUGUGACUGCAGAGAGGAUGGAGCUCAGUGUUACGGUCCUUUGGGAGGAACUGUGGUCCUCCACCUGAUAGACAGAGCCUUACUAACACAAAGAUACAAAUUGUACAAAUCGUCAAUCAUCAUACUUAAUAUGAGAAACAAUAAGAAUUUGGUUAAUGAAACCAGAUCCUCGUUUAAUGUCAGUGAUGGAAAAUUUAGGCUGAACAACCUCAUCAGGAAUGACAGUGAUAAAUAUAAACUUGAAAUCCAGGAUGGCAGCAGUAUAACGUCUCGUGUUCUACAAUUGACCAUUCAAGCUCCUGUGUCCUCUGUCCGGCUGGUCUCUGAGUGUCUGUCCAAGGGAGAGAAGAGGGUCUCCUGCUCAGCUGGGGGAGGGGACAGUCCUCAGUACAGCUGGACUCUGGCUGGACACCCACUGAAAGACACUGAGCUCCUCUCUGUAAAUACUAAGAAUGACAGCAUCACUCUGAAACAACACGUCUCAGGAGUAGUGGCAUGCAUAGUCAGGAAUAACGUCAGUCAGGUCUCUAAAGAAGAACAUUUCUCUAACUGUGGCUUCAUAUUCAUUAACUGCACCUCAAAUGGGACACAGAUAUCACAGUGGGUGUUUCCAGCUAACAAUACGCUGUGCAUUGAAUCCACAACAUCUCCUACCACGACCUACGAAGCCUCUACUGUCGGUAAGGAGACUGACAACAAAGUGACUAUUAACUGCACUAACAUCACAUCCUGGAAUCAAAAUGUGACCCACCUCCAUCGAGUGGACCCAUGGUUCAUUAAGCACUUGCCAAUAAUGGCCGGUGCACUCUCUGCACUGGUUCUACUGUUGGUGGUAGGGGUGGCUGUCAUCUGUGCUCAGAGAAAAAAAACAAGCAACCAACCUACAGAUGAAGAUGAACAGGAGUUAACCUAUGCUGAAGUCAAGAUCAAACAGCGGCCGGGGCCGCGGAUACAGCCAAAGGCCGAGCCCCAGGUGGAGUACGGACAGGUCAAGUUUUCAAAGCGACCUCGGCAGACUUGUGAACCUGCAGGAGAUGAAUGUGUGUACGCUAAGGUGCGAAAAGGCAGGUGAUUCUCAGCGUUCAGUAAUUUGACAAUGAAUUCACCAUUAAAGGCAGGUGAAGCAUCUCUUUGUCCAGAUAAUCCGCAUCCUGUCAUCAGAACGGUUACAGGGUCACAGCAGAGCACAGAGUUACGCUUUAUAUUUCACAGGGUGAAGUUUUCAUGACUCUGUAAAUCUAUUUGCUUCUUAUCGCUUCAUAUCAUUGUUUCUAUUUCUUUUUUUUCAAGUUAUUUUUUGGGGGCUGUUUGCCUUUAAUCGGAUAGGAAAGUGGAGAGUGACAGGAAAGUGGGACAGAGAGUAGGGGUGGGAUCCGGAAAGGACCACGGGUCGGGAAUCGAACCCGGGUCGCCGGCGUAUGGUGCAGGUACCCCAGCCAGUUGCGCCACGGCCGGGGCCUUCUGUUUGUAUUUCUAUUUUAAAAUGCUGUCCUGUAAUAAAAAAACUUAUAAUAACAAUAAUUAUAUUCUUUUUUAUUUAGAAUAAAUAAAUUGUACACCUAAUAAUGUUUUGACAAGAUACAGAUUAACCUUUUGUUAUGCUGCUUUAUCUCUUUAACAGUAGCUCAGGGAGACUCUGUUUAAAGAUGUACAUUAAUACGGGGUGGGUUCUUGUAGAGGGAGUGUUUACUUUCAGUCAUAGAUAUUAUUUAUAUUAUUAUUAUUGUCAUUAUUAUGCUUUUGUGGUUUAUUUAAAAUCCCUUGUUUAAUUUCAAAAUCAUUUAAAUGGUUGUUUUAGAUAAUACUAGCCAGAAUUACAAUUGUAUACAUAAUGUUUAUGUUUAUAUGACUAUGUUGGAUUAAGAUUAUUCGCUUGCUUCUGAUUCAUGAUGAUUUCACUUUUUUAAUACAUUUUUGAUUCACUAUGAAUUUAAAAUAAUCCUAAUAUCAUUUUGCUUUUUCAAUGUCUUUAGUUAUAAAACACUGCAAUAAGUAGCAGACAAGCACAUCACUCUGAAUUACCACUUCAACAUUUGGACAAAUUAUGGCAAUCAGUGUUAAUUUUUGCUAGAUGGAAGAAUGACUACUUGUUAUCAGGACAUUAUUACAUUACAUUUUAUUGAGCUGUGUGUUAAUUUUGAAACCUUGGUAUAUAUGGUAAGUGUUUUUAUAGAAAAGCUGAAAGCCUGAACAUGCUUGUGCUGGGGUAGUGUAGGCUUGGUGUAUUGGGGGAGAUUAUCUCUACAUUUGACAGUGUCCUCUUCCUCUGGCUCUCUUGUCACGUAUAAAGCCGUCUUUAGCAACCACAUAAUCGUUUCCUUGAUGUAAGCUCUUCUGCUUUUUGUCCAUCGUCAUUCUCACAAAAUUGGUUGCACAAGUAUUAUAAUGUUGCAUCAUAGUGAAAAAUCCCGAUAAUGCAAUUAAAAGGUGGGUUUUGUACUGUAGUUGUAAUUAUGCUGUCUAUUCUUAUGUGCAGUAAAUUAGGGGAAUUUGUCUUGUUUGUAAUUUAUUCGAUAUAGUUACUCACAUAUCUCAGAAAGCCCUGCAACUAUGCAUGUGUUGUUUAGUGUUUCUUGAUACUGCAAAUAAGAAUGGGAAGUAGAACCUUUCAAAAGAGGAUGUUGCUCUCUUAUUUUUAUAAAAGUAAGAGCUAAUUAGAAACUGAACAACCUCUGAGACUCUGAGCAGGUGGUGUGUUCUGUUAUUACCAUCAGUUUAUUUCUAUACCAAGUGUUUCCUUUUUCUCUAUGACUCUGUGCAAAAUGCAACAUGAAAUAAAUAUGUAUUCAUCUGUGGUAGAUUCAGAUAUAUUUUACUAACUAAGGGCUCUUACUUUUAAUUCACGUGGGAAAAAAACAGAGUUAAGAACAAUGCUACUGAUUUGUCAAGUCAACUUUCACAUUUUCCAUCUAUUACAUUAUUAAACAAAUACUACCAUAUUUUAGGACUGGUUAAAGUCAAUCAAUAUGUAAUUUAUAACCAUUUCUGUGCCAUGACAGAUUAAAGAACAUUACAACAGUA